UCUUCGACGAUUCCUUCUUCGAGGAUAUUCGGAAGCACUUUGAGACAGCCAUCGACCAAAUGCUGGAUUCUUGGGGAGAAGCCAAAUCCGUGAGUGAUCUGAUGAGUAGCUACAGACGUGUGAGAGACCGCAAUUUGCAACAAGAGAACCAAGUCAUGGCCUUCAGCGAGGACGACCACAAUCAUAAGGUUGUACUGGAUGUUCAUGACUUCAAGAGUGGAGACGUUAAGGUCAGAGUGGAAGAUAAUCAGGUGGUGGUGGAAGGUCGAGUGGAAAAGGAAGAGGGCGACUUCAAGUCCAUGAAAAGCUUCUGUCGACGUUUCAACUUCCCAGGCAAAGUGGACAUGGAGGCCGUGACUUCCGCAAUGUCUUCCGAUGGCGUGUUGACUGUCACGGCUCCGAAGGUUCCACAGGCAGCAUAAGAAGACAUUUCAUUAACUGUUAUUGUAAUCUAAUCUUAAAGUCGAUGUAUGCUUAAUAACUAAUUAUUUUUGAUAAUGUUAAAAUGAAUAAGAUUAGUUUUCUUUAAAUAAAUUGUAUUUCUUCA